AUUUCAAAAGUAUAACGGUCGCUUCAGUAGCGAGUCGAAGCUGUGAAAAAAUUGUGUGCGGAAAAUUUAUCGUGGUCUUCAUAUCAGGUUAACAAAGGAAGUGCAUUUUUGUUGUGAACAAAUUGUAAAUAAAAUGUUUAACUGAAAGUGAAUUCCCACCUUCAAUAGUUCGAAAUUGAAAAUUGCAUUGGAAAUAUGUGGCGCUCAACGGUUUUUGUAAUUAUUUUAAUUUGUUCAGUAUUUUCGUCGAAUGUACAAGGUUCUUGUUUGGAGUAUGGGCAUUCAUGUUGGGGGGCGCAUGGCAAACGCUCCAGUGGCUCGGCGUUGGCCGGCAGUACAAGUCGGCUAGCGGAGAGAAAUUCACGUAGCGGCAACCAAUUAAAUUUGCUGGACGAUGAUAAUGCAAGUCGAUUUGUGGCUAGCAAGUUCGACAUCAAUGAAGCAACCGCAUCCGCUGAAAUUGCACCACAUAUAGGCAUAAGUGUAGAAGACACCUCAGCAGAUUCGACAAAAGAGCGCAACUACAUGGAACAACGGCAUCUACAAUUCCCACUACAUAAGAGUAACCGUGAGAAUAGCAACACACCGUUAGAUAACAGCAUUCGAAAGAGUGAGAUGRCUGGCUCGCGUGAAGAACGCCAACGCUCUCUACAUUUGCAACAAAAACGGAAGUUCCCGCAACAUAUUGAACGUUGGCAUAAAUUGCCGGUUUUCGGCUUACGACGCACCUACAGUAAUUCACCAUUGUCGCUGACCGAUGCUGUACCGCUCGAGAUACCCACACGUAAUGCAGGCAAUGAGUUACUGCAACAAAUCGGACAAUUGGCRGGCGAAAGAUUCGACGAUGUUGGCGUUUACUAUGACUUUCCAUAGAAGUGAAAGAAACAGGUGGGAGCAGAGCGCUGGGGAAGAAACGUGAAGUGAACAAUUGAAGUCUGCAAAAACGCAAACGCACACACAGGCAAAACAGUUACAUAAUAUAUGAGUUGYUUUCAGUUUUAAGUUGAUUUAUAAGAGGACUACACAAUUUCUAAAA